GGGGCGCUGCGUGCCUUCCUGGGCGGGGACAGCAAAAUGGCGCCAGAACCGGUGGCGGGCUAAGGACGCUGGCGCCCCCGAAGCCGGCCCUGCGGUCCCGUACGCCCUGGCCCCGCCCGGACAUGGAGGACGUGGAGGCGCGCUUCGCCCACCUCCUGCAGCCCAUCCACGACCUCACCAAGAACUGGGAGGUGGACGUGGCGGCCCAGCUGGGGGAAUACCUCGAGGAGCUGGACCAGAUCUGCAUUUCUUUUGACGAAGGCAAAACCACCAUGAACUUCAUUGAGGCAGCGUUACUGAUCCAGGGCUCCGCUUGUGUCUACAGUAAGAAGGUGGAGUACCUCUACUCGCUGGUCUACCAGGCGCUCGACUUCAUCUCGGGCACAAAGCGGGCCAAGCAGCUCUCCUCCCUGCCGCAAGAUGGUGCCAGUGCGAACGCCAACUCCAGGGCCGUCCGGGACGUGGAGGAUGAGUUCCUGUCACUGGAUGACCUUCCUGACUCCCGUGCCAGCGUGGAUCUGAGGAAUGACCAGGCCCUCAGUGAGGUCCUCAUUGUCCCCCUCCUGCCCAUGGCCCUGGUAGCCCCUGAUGAACUGGAGAAGAACCACCACCCCCUUUAUAGCUGCCAGGGGGAGGUCCUGGCCAGCCGGAAGGAUUUUAGGAUGAAUACCUGCACCCCCCACCCAAGAGGAGCCUUCAUGUUGGAGCCGGUGGGCAUGUCCCCCGCGGGGACACUGCUGCUGGAGAGCCACCAGGAGGCUGGGAGGGCCGAGGAGCAGCCAAUGGAGGUCUCUGUGUGCAGAAGUCCAGGCCCUGUGCUGAGCAUCCCUCAGGAGCCAGGCACCUCUCCAGAAGGCCUGAUGCCCGGAGGCGGGGGUGAGGAUGAGGAUGCAGAGGGGCCAGCAGAGCUCCCUGAGGCCACAGCCCCCGAGGCCCCCCUGGAGCCCCUGGAGCCCAGGAGCCCCCAGCAGAGUGCCACCCAGCCCAGGAGGUGGGAGCUGCAGGAGCCACAGGUGGUCCUGGAGCCUGCGUCCUGGCUGAAGGAGACCCCAGACCCGUGGCAGAGCCUGGACCCCUUUGAUUCCUUGGACUCUAAGCCCUUCAAGAAAGGCAGGCCCUACUCUGUGCCUCCCUGCGUGGAGGAGGCUCCAGGACAGAAGCGCAAGAGGAAGGGUGCCACCAAGCUGCAGGACUUCCACCAGUGGUACCUGGCUGCCUAUGCUGACCAUGCUGACAGCAGGAGGCCCCGGCGAAAGGGCCCGUCCUUUGCAGACAUGGAGGUGCUGUACUGGAAGCACAUGAGGGAGCAACUGGAGGCCCUCCGGAAGCUGCAGACAAGGGAGAAGGCAGAGCGGUGGCUGCCAAGAGCUGAGGCACUGUGGCCUGCAGAGGAGGACCACCUGGAGGAUUCCCUGGAGGACCUAGGGGCAGCAGCAGACGACUUUCUAGAGCCUGAGGCAUAUGCAGAGACCGAGGGGUCAGAGCCUGGGGUAGCUGCAGACCCAGAAGCAGAUGCCAUGCCGGUGUCCCUGAGCUAUGAGCUGGUCCGAAGGAAUGUGGAGCUCUUCAUCACCGCCUCUCAGAAGUUUGUCCAGGAGACGGAGCUGAGCCAGCGCAUCAGAGACUGGGAGAGCACCAUCCAGCCCCUGCUCCAGGAGCAGGAGCAGCACGUGCCCUUUGACAUCCAUUCCUAUGGGGACCAGGUGGUAUCAAGGUUCAGCCAGCUCAACCAGUGGUGUCCCUUUGCAGAGCUGGUGGCGGGCCAGCCUCCCUUUGAGGUGUGCCGCUCCAUGCUGGCCUCUCUGCAGCUGGCCAAUGACCACACGGUGGAGAUCACCCAGCAGCCAGGGCUAGAGGCGGCCGUGGACACCAUGUCCCUGAGACUGCUCACACACCAGCGGGCCCACAAGCGCUUCCAGACCUACGCUGCCCCCUCCAUGGCCCAGCCCUGAGUGGGAGCACUGGGACUGGGGCAGGGCAUGCAUCUCAUUCCACUCCUGCUUCCUGGCUGAUCCAGCCUAAUAAAAUGGUGUUGCCACCCCACUUACUCCUUAAAGGAAACCACACAGCUCCUGCUCUGUGCAGUGAAGAGGGCUGCCCAUCUCCCUGGCAUCCUCAGCAAGUAACCAGGUCCUGAGCCCCUUUCCUGCCAUGGCUUUCUGGUACAGAUCACAGGCACAUGGAUUCAUUGCACCUUUUAAUGACUCGCUCAGUGCAGGAUGCUGCGGAAGGCAGCCAUGUGACGCUUCACGCUGUCUACAAUCUGCUCAGCUGACUUGCCCCGGCCAUAGUAGUCUGUGAAGAGACCAUCAGGGCUGAGCAGGUAGAUGGCGAUGGAGUGGUCCACGAUGUAAUCCUGGUCCUCGUCCUUAGGGCCGGCGCUGUAGUACACGCGGUAGCUGUGGGUGGCCUGGGCCACCUGCUCCACAGAGCCCGUCAGGCCCAGCAGCCGCGGGUGGAAGUCCUGCACGUACCGGGCCAUUGCUGUAACAUCAUCCCGCUCAGGAUCCACAGUGAUGAAGAUGGGCUGCACCAGGGGCAGGCCAGGCUCGGCCUCCAGCUGCCGCACCACCUGCGCCAGCUUCUCCAGCUCAUCGGGGCAGAUGUCAGGGCAGUGUGUGAAGCCAAAGUACAUCAGCACCCACUGGCCUCGGAAGUCCGCUUUGCAGCGAGCCUGGCCCUGGUGGUCCAGCAGGCGGAAGUCCCCCUGGCCCACAGCUGCCUGGCGCAGGGCCUCUGUCCGCUCUCGCUGCUGCCGCUGUUCCUUCUCAGCCCUUGCUGCCAGCCAGGCCCCACCGAGCCCAACCCCAAACAAGGCUGUGACCAGCACCCUAGUUCGUAGCUCAGGGCCCUGGGAUUGGCCCCGCCUGUCUGUCUCUGGGCCCCAUCCUGACAUGAGCUGGUACCUCAGAUGUAGGGCCUUGCCUCCCACGGUCCUAGGGAGGGCUGGGGCCUUGAGCUGAGGAAGCCUGGGCCAAGCUUUGGGUGCCUGAGCCAGCAGCAUGGACCUGUUGCUCCUGUAAAAGAGCAAAGGUGUCAGGAAUCAGAAUGGCCUCUGCCUCUGGGUUGUUCCUAUCACUCUGGAGAGAGGUGCCAGCCCUGUGCUCAGGCUCACAGCUGUCUAUAGCUGUUUGCCUGGUGCUCACUUGAACUCAACUGCUUCACCUCUGAAACAUCAAACUCCAGCUUAGACUUCAAGCAUCCAUAUCUACUUGUCCCACCCUGCACCUGAGCUGACUGGAAGCAUUCGAAGUGCAUGCUUUGUCUGGGUCCCUGAGCAUGAGUGUUUGCAAUAAACCCUGCUUCAGGAGG